UACAAAUGAACCAAUUUGAUGAUAGUGUAAAAUCUUAAGAAACAUAAUAAAUAGAACUUUUUGUGAACUGUAGAUAAUUAGAUGAUAUGGGAAUAGUGACAUUUAGUAAUCCAUAAGUGAUAAUAUAUAGAAAAAACUAAAAUUUGUGUAUAAAUAAAAUAUGAUAUGAAAAGGGAUAAAAAUAGAUGAAACAGAAGUGAUUUAUAAUAGUUUGAAUCCGAAUUUUGUAAAAACUUUUUAGAUGAAUUAUUUAUUUUAAGUUUAGUAAAAUCUAAAAUUUGAGGUUCAUCAUUAUAUAAGUUAAACAUAAACAAAAGUAUUUUAGUAAAUAAUAUUAAGAUAAUAGGUAAAAUAGAAACAACAGUAGGAGAAAUAAUAGGCUCAAAAAAUUAAAUUUAUACAACUUAUUUGAUAAAUUAGAGUGGGAAAAGAAGUGGGAAAAUAAUAAUAAAAGCAGAUUAAAUGAAGGAAUGUAAUGCUGAAUUUAAAAUAUAAUUAUCUGUUAAUAAAAUAUAAGGAUCAAAAUUUUGGUUUUUUUGGGAUAAAAUACAUCCAUUUUUAAGAAUGUAUAGAUAAAGAAUAGAUGAUUAAAUAUAAGUUUUAGUAUAUGAAACAGAGAGUACAAAAGAUUAGAAUAAAAUGAAAUGGAAGGAUAUAGAAUGUUAAGCAUAGAAAUUAUGUAAUGGAGAUUAUGGAAUGUAAAUAAAAAUAGAAUUAUGGGAUUAUAAAAAAUCUGGUAAACACAAAUACAUAGGAGAAACAACAGUAUGUAUAAAUGAAUUAAUGGAAGCAAGUAAAGUUAAUAAGACAUUUUAGAAAGAGUUCAUUAAUAAAAGUUAAAAGAAUAAUAAUAAGAAAUGUGUUGGUAUUUUAUAAUGUGAAAAAUUUGAAUUAAAAUCUCAUUAUACAUUUCUUGAUUAUUGUAUAGGAGGUUAAUAAUUAAGUUUAAUAGUUGGUAUUGAUUUUACAGCAUCAAAUGAAAAUAUUGAGAAUCCUAAAUCUCUUCAUUAUAUUGAAAAUGAUUCUCCUAGUUAAUAUUUAUAAGCUAUAAUAAGUGUAGUAGAAAUAUUAAUAAAUUAUGAUCAUGAUAAAAGAAUUCCAGUUUAUGGUUUUGGUUGUAAACCUAAAAUGUAAUUUAUUAAUACCAAUAAAACAUAACAUAUAUUUCAUUUAAAUGAUAAUCCUAAUGAUCCAAAGUAAUUUUAUAUAUAUUAUUUUUUAGAGUUUAAGGAUUGGAUGGAAUAAUUUAAUGUUAUAAAAAAUCAUUAAAUAAAUUAUAAUUUGAUGGUCCAACUUAUUUACAUCCAAUUUUAAAAAAAACAAUGGAAAUGGCAUAAUAAUCUAAAAAUUAAGGAAGUUAAAAUUAUUAUGUUUUAUUAAUUUUAACAGAUGGAUAAACAGAUGAUAUGUUAGAAUCUAUUGAUGAUAUUAUUGCAUCAUCAUUAUUACCAUUAUCAAUCAUUAUUGUUGGUUUAGGUGAUGCAAAUUUUAAAAAUAUGAUGAUUUUAGAUAAUGAUAAUAAAAGUAUGAUUGAUAGUAAAGGAAAUAAAGCAAUUAGAGAUUUAGUUUAAUUUGUUCCAUUUAAUUAAUUUAAAAGCAAUCCAACUUAAUUAUCAAUAGAAGUAUUAAAAGAAUUACCUAAUUAAUUAAUAGAAUAUAUGGAAUUAGUAGGAAUUCAUCCUAAAUGCCCAAAAUGUAAUUUUAUUAAUAUUAUUUAAGUAAUUAAUUCAUAUUCACAUUUACCGUCUAAUUUAGAUAAUUAUUUGAAUAUAUAAUAACAUUAAGUAGAUUUAUAAUAAAAUCAACAGGGUUAAAUUAUAGAAAAUGAACAAAACAAUUAAAUUACCUUUUCACUCGAAUAAAAAUAAUAAUAUUUAAACACUUCCUUAAAAUAGAAAUUGACUAAGUAAUGA